CUCUCUCUCCGAAACAGUCAAUCAAAACACACUCACACUUUCUCUCUCCUUACUCCAAAGCUUUUGGCUUUCAGCUCCGAGCUUUCAUGGCGUCCAUGGCAGCCGUUGGAGCUCUCAGAAUUCCUUCUUCUUCAACUUCUUUCUCUCCUUCUUCGUCGAAUGGCUCCACUCUCAGUCCCAGAACCAGACCUCGAACCCUCUCCUUCGCUUUUUCUCAUCUCUCCGGCGAUAAGAUUUCCUCAAUUGCCACUCCCAGCCGCACCAGAGCUGCUUCUUCCUCCAAUAGAGCGCCCAGGAUCGUCUCUCCCAAGGCGGUUUCGGAUUCUCAGAAUUCGCAGACAUGUCUAGAUCCCGAUGCCAGCCGUAGUGUAUUAGGCAUUAUUCUUGGUGGCGGAGCUGGGACUCGCCUCUACCCGCUGACGAAGAAGCGAGCGAAGCCUGCGGUUCCUCUCGGAGCGAACUACAGGUUGAUUGAUAUUCCUGUGAGUAACUGCCUUAACAGCAACGUUUCGAAGAUCUACGUUCUCACCCAAUUCAAUUCCGCUUCACUCAAUCGCCAUCUCUCUCGCGCUUAUGCGAGUAACAUGGGAGGUUACAAGAACGAAGGCUUUGUUGAAGUUCUUGCGGCUCAGCAGAGCCCCGAGAAUCCCAACUGGUUCCAGGGGACGGCUGAUGCGGUGAGACAGUACCUAUGGCUCUUUGAGGAACAUAAUGUCUUAGAGUUUUUGGUUCUUGCCGGAGACCAUUUGUAUAGGAUGGAUUAUGAGAAGUUUAUUCAGGCACACAGAGAGACUGAUGCGGAUAUCACUGUGGCUGCACUGCCAAUGGAUGAACAGCGAGCCACUGCUUUUGGUCUGAUGAAGAUCGAUGAAGAAGGACGGAUUAUUGAAUUUGCUGAGAAACCCAAAGGGGAGCAACUCAAAGCUAUGAAGGUUGAUACUACCAUUUUGGGUCUUGAUGAUGAGAGAGCCAAGGAGAUGCCUUACAUUGCUAGUAUGGGUAUAUAUGUUGUCAGCAAAGAUGUGAUGAUAAAUCUGCUAAGGGAUCAAUUUCCCGGAGCCAAUGAUUUUGGUAGUGAAGUUAUUCCAGGUGCAACAUCCAUGGGUCUGAGGGUACAAGCGUACCUGUAUGAUGGCUACUGGGAAGACAUCGGUACUAUUGAAGCUUUCUAUAAUGCGAACUUGGGAAUAACCAAAAAACCUGUUCCAGACUUCAGUUUCUAUGACCGGUCAUCUCCAAUCUACACCCAACCCCGGUAUUUACCUCCAUCCAAAAUGCUUGAUGCUGAUGUCACGGACAGUGUUAUUGGCGAGGGUUGUGUGAUAAAGAACUGUAAAAUUCAUCAUUCUGUUGUUGGGCUCCGAUCUUGCAUAUCAGAGGGUGCAAUCAUUGAAGAUACCUUAUUGAUGGGAGCAGACUACUAUGAGACGGAUGCUGACAGGAGGUUUCUGGCUGCAAAAGGUGGCGUUCCAAUUGGUAUUGGGAAGAACUCUCACAUCAAAAGAGCUAUAAUUGACAAGAAUGCUCGUAUUGGCGACAAUGUGAAGAUCGUUAAUACGGACAAUGUUCAAGAAGCAGCUAGAGAAACUGAUGGGUAUUUCAUAAAGAGUGGAAUUGUGACGGUGAUCAAGGAUGCCUUGAUUCCUAGUGGGACUGUAAUCUAAGAUUCAGUUUUUUUUUCUACCACUUGCACUGCUCACAUCGGAAACUUCUUCCUACUUGCUACUGGCUUAAGGAGCCUGCACAAGAAAUCUGUUUUAAGGUUCUCUUUCUUUUAUCCUUUUUCCUUUUAAGCUAUAUGUAAAUUUCUGUUGAGUAUCAUGUAAGUAGAAGAGGAAGAUCUAAAGAACAUGGCCGCUGUAGAGAUUUGAUCUCUAAUAAAAGUUCUAUUUUUGUUGGUC